AUGGCUCGUAAAUGGAUACUCGACCACGGUGGUGCUACAUAUACCCCUUUGUUUGGAAAAGUUUGGCUUUCGCUACACCAACACCUCUCAUUCUACAGCUCCGUGAAGAGCUUUAUCUACACCUUUAUGCCCAAAUCGUUUGGAGCCAAGCCCAAAACCUAUGCGCAAAGAGAACCAGAGGGUAAUUACUUCAAGCAACAUCUUGCUCGACUCCACGAUUUUGUAUGGAUUGGCGAUGACGGUCUGAAAUUCCAGAUUUGUGGUAGUCAAACAUGGGAUACAGCCUUCUCCCUCCAAGUCCUUUUAGCAGCUGAUGUCGAUGAUGAGAUUAUUGGAUCAACGCUGAUCAAAGGAUACGACUUUUUGAAGAAAUCUCAGUGCUGCCUAAUUUUCGAAACCAUGCAACUAGAGUUCAUAGGUGAGAAAAUGGAUGUAAAGAGGCUCUAUGAUGCUGUCAAUUUGAUUCUCCAUUUCCAGAACAAGAAUGGAGGUGUACCAGCGUGGGAACCAGCGCCUGGGAAAACUUGGCUGGAGUGGUUUAGUCCAGUGGAGUUUAUGAGAGACGCAGUGGUGGAGAAUGAGUUUGUUGAAUGCACUGGUUCAGCACUAGUAGCAAUAGCUCGGUUCAUGAAACAGUUUCCUGAAUACAAGAGAGAACAAGUGAAAAACUUUAUAAAGAAUGGAGUGAAAUACUUGGAGAAUCUUCAAAUGUCGGAUGGUUCUUGGUAUGGAAGCUGGGGAGUGUGUUUCAUUUAUGGAACCUUCUUUGCGGUAAGAGGUCUAGUGGCUGCAGGUAAGACUUACAACGACUGUGAGGCUAUCCGUAGAGCGGUUCGGUUCCUUCUUGAGACACAAAACGAGGAAGGUGGUUGGGGAGAGAGUUAUCUCUCUUGUUCGGAAAGGAGAUACAUUCCACUUAGAGGAAGAAACAAGACAAAUCUUGUGAAUACAGGCCAAGCGCUUAUAAGUUUAAUUUUGGGUGGUCAGAUGGAGAGAGAUCCACAUCCGGUUAAUCGUGCUGCCAAAGUCUUGAUCAAUUCACAGUUGGAUAACGGAGAUUACCCACAAGAGGAAAUGAGUGGGGUGUUAAGUGUAAAUGUGAAGCUCCAUUAUCCUAUGUAUAGGAACAUUUUCACUCUUUGUGCACUCACACAUUACAGGCAGGCUCUACGUCCCCUCCAGUGA